CCUAUUUUUUUUCGGGUGAAGCAAGGGCAACUUGACCUUGACGCAGAGAGCUCCCUCCUGCUUCCCCGUGCCGGCGGCCGCCGCAACGCCAGAGGAGAGAACAACGCCGGCGCCUGGACCCCCCGAGCGCCGCCGCCGACCCGUCCCGUUCUCCGGUCGUCUCCCAUCGGCGGCAGCUUCUUGGCCCUCGCGCGCCUCCGCUGCCGCUGCCGCUUCCUCUCCGCCCCGCCUCAGCUGAUGGACAUGUCUGGUCCAAGAUGGAAGAAGGGCAAGGACGGCAAGGAUUUCGCAGCCCUGGCAGCAGCCCAGCCCAUGUCAAGCAAUGUCACCAAGCUCCAGUCUUCACUGAAAGGAUCAAAGCUUGUGGCAACUUUAUGCAGCGGGGGCGGGGACGCGGUUCUCGGCGUGAACCCGCAGCAGGCCGCGCUUCUGAACCGCGCCGCCUUUGGCCGGGCGCUGGAGAACGCCGGAGCCGAGAAGCAGUGGUUCCAGCUGGGCGCCGAGGAGGUCUUCUACCUUCACCAUGCUUUGGAGUGCAUCGUGGUUGAGUCGGCAAGCAAGGAUCUGAUGAGCCAAGGGGAGCUGUGGGAUCACCUAUGCUCCGCAUCAGAGUCGUUUCCCGAGAUGUACAAGGCAUACUCGCAUCUCAGGUCGAAGAACUGGGUGGUGCGGUCAGGUUUGCAGUAUGGUACGGAUUUUGUCGCUUACCGUCAUCACCCGGCGCUCGUCCACUCGGAGUUUGCUGUGGUUGUGGUUCCGGAAGGAUCGGGGUUCGGCGGUAGGUGUAGCCGCCUGAAGGUCUGGUCUGAUCUACUGUGUGCACUCCGAGCUUCUGGCAGUGUGGCCAAGACACUGCUGGUUCUGACAAUCUCCAGCAAUGUCUGUGAACUGGGAUCCCCAGAUUGUUUGGAACAGCUGGUUGUUCAUGAAAGAACUGUUACAAGGUGGAUAGCCCAGCAGUGCCGUGAGCAGCGAUGUAAACCAUGCAGAGAAGAAGCAUAUAAGGAAGAAGAAGAUCACACAGGAGAAACUGUAGUUUCCAACUAUUGGGGUGUAAUACUAGGCCUCACAGUUCUUUCUAGCCUACUUGUAUACAAGCUGAGAUUCCGGCGAUAAAGCUAAAUAUUUCUCUGUACCCCUAUUGGUGAUGUGUAACUUCUCAUCUUAUUGCAAUCCUGUGCCGGUACUCUUGUGCAUUUUGGAAAGAUUUCUAGAAUAUAUAUGGUGCAUACAUAUA